CUAACUGAUAAGAAACUGAUAAGGAAUUGUCAAGCGCAUCAAUUGGCCCCCUGAUCGCGCUAGAGAGCCAGCGCCUUGGCAAACACCUUAAAUUCGUCCGCGCAUUUGAUUGGGUGCAUCCCUUUAGGAAGCUUAGUCAUCGGACUCAAGGACCUACGUAGGGACUGGCCUAUUGAUUGUUCAACCAACUGUUGACCUGACUUUAAACUAACUUAAGGACUGCCCAGUUAUUCAACUAACUUAGGGACUGGUUUACUGACUGUUCAACUUACUGUUGACCUGAGUUUAAACUGACUUUUCGGCUGACCUAGGGACAGACUUUUAACCCGACUUAAGGACUGGCUUAACUGAUUAUUCAACUGACCUUCAGCCUCACUUAGCAGACUACAAAUGAAACAAUCAUUCACAACACCCUUCUUCUUAAAGCUUUCAUUUCCAUAUAUCAAUCUUGACUUUCUCUACCAACCCUCAAGCAGCCUGCAUUACACUCGACCUUGAUAUACUCCACAUAAAUCUCUCUUUUCCUCCCUUACCUUUCCAGACCAUGGCAACUGUAGACGAUGAUGUUAGCCCUCCUCAUGACAUUCAAGCGUUCACUGAUCUCGACGGCGCGACGGGAGUACAUAACGAGGGUGAGCCUGAUGGCGAAUAUACUACUUUCUGGAAGUUCUAUCGGAAUGGAGAGGCAUACUUCGCGCAAAUAUUCAAGCCUAGGCCCGAUGUCAACAUUGCAGAGGUAAAAGAAGCGAUGCGAAGAAUCCCAGACGCGGAUAUUUACCCAGAGAUACCUGAAGGAGUUAGCCUUAAGGAAAUGGCAACAACUGGAAAGCCGGAUAACGAGUUAUACAUCAAGAGACCUUCCCUUCUCACGUAUGAGACCUCCCAUCCCCGCGAGUGGAUUCGUGACGUUUUCUUGGGUGAGGCUCAGAUCAUGGAGCAAGUCUCGAGCAUCCAGCACAAGAAUAUAAUUCAGUACUAUGGCUGCCUAAAGAGAGGUAGACGUCUAGCGGGAAUCGUUCUGGAGCGUCACAAGUGCAGUCUCACUGAAUUUUUCAUGUGGCAAAUGGACAAGGAUAAGGAUAAGAAUGGCACUAUAGACUCACAGCGCUUCAUGGAGGAGCUUGAGUCAGCAAUCUCUCACCUGCACCAGGCCGGAUUGGCCCACAAUGACUUGAAACCAAGCAACAUACUGCUGGAUAAAGAUAAUUUGCCAGUACUGAUUGAUUUUGGAUCCUGUCGACCGUUUGGUGGAAGGCUCAUGGAAGGGGGAACGCCCGGCUGGUGCAACCACGAAAAGCUAGUGAUGUUUUCCGACAAGGAGCAUGAUCUUUUCGGCUUGGAUAGGAUUCGAGAGUGGCUGGCUGAUCCUGACCGAGCAUUAGAUGGCUAGCUAGAGAGCGAGGAAUGUUAGCCAUUUUGCCUAGAAACCGAACACUUGCCAAAUGAACGUUUCAUAUUCCGCAAGGAAAAGGGAAAAGAAAACAAAAUUUCAUGAUAUUAUGAUAGGCACUCGCGAAUAACAUAUUUUAAGAGCAUCGUAAGAUCCGUUGACUGUUGAAAUAUUGUAUUACAUGUUAUGAGCUAAGAUAUAGCGUGUCGGCAUGGAGUGUACAAGUUCACCAACCGCUUCACUGGAGAUGGUUUAUGUGACCCUACAUCUCUUGCAUAAUAAACAUCUAUGAUUGUUAAAUAAUAGCCGAAGAGCGCGUGGGAAUGCGUAUUUCUUGCCUAUCAAAUCUCUAGGAUUCCUGACAGUUUUAAUACUGUGUAUUUCUCUCUUUUUCUCUCUUUGUAGGUAAAUAU